AUGAAAUAAACUCUUAAGUAAGCAGUAAAGAGUCUAACAUUUAAACCCAAAGCAAAUUUAAUAGGAGCAUCAAUAAUUAAUGAAAGUAUUCGUAAAUUGGGAAAAAAUCAUGAAGACUUUUUAAUGAGCUAAAAGAUAGAUUAAUUACCAACAAAAUAAGAUGCAUAAGAAUUUAAGAAAAAUUAUGGAUUAGAUAUAGUAAAUGAAGAUGAUUUAUAAUUAGCAGCGAAAGGGGAAAAAGAUAUUGAUUACACUUUUUCAAAUUAACAAUAUAUUGAAAGCUUUUAGGCUUAUAAGCAUGGGAGAGUUAAUGUAUUCGAUUACAAAGAUACUCACAUGACUUUAGUAGGAACAAAUUUUCAUAAUUUACCUAUUAAAAAUAUCUAUAAACUGUUAACAAAUACUCAACCAGAUUUAAUUCUACUUUAGAUCAGACCAGAUUAGCUUCUUGAUAAUUUUAAAAUAUGUACUAAUAAUCCUGAAACAGGGUAUUUUUCUUCAACUCUUUAUGCCUAACAAGUUAUUAGAACAGGUUUUGAAGUAAUGCCAAGAGCCAACCUCAGAGUCUAAAUAAAGAAAAAUUUAAAAGAAAAUAAUAUUUUACUUGCCUCUGUAAAAGAAAGAGACUAAGAUUAUUAUUAAAAUGUUUACAAAAAGACAAUUUUGGAGAGUAAAAAUAAAGAUUACUAUCAUUUAGAGAGGCUUAGCGAUGAAGCUAUAGCUGUGGCUUGCUUUUAUGCCGAAAGAAAUAACAUUCCUGUAGUUUUGGUUGAUUAGCCGGAACAAAUAUUCAGAUAAAAUAUAGCUAACACUCAUACUUUGAUGCAAUUAUAAAAUGUUUUUACAAGAGCUGCUCGUUAUCUUGGUUAAAAUCCAGAUACUAACCCAUAAACUCCAUUAGCUAUGUCUUAUUAAAUAUUCCCUGAAUUAUUUUUGUCAUCCUCUGAUAAAUAUAUGAGUACACUUAUAGAAUAUUUAAUUGCCACAUAGAAAUAUAAAAGAAUGACAGCCUUUUUAGGUUAAACAUAAAGCGAAAGCAUCCAUUAGUAUUUAUUUCAAAGAGAUAUUUCACAUCUAGCUGAUGAGCUAUAUGUCAAUCCUCCUAAAGGUAGCAUAAUUAGAGAUAUAACUCCUGAGGAAAUUAUUGAAAAACAUGCUCUUUUAGAUGUUAUGUAUCAUGGAAAUGAUGUAUUAGAAAAUUUAGAUUAAAAAUAAUUUAAGACUUCUUAUUUGAUGAUUGAUAGAUAUGCUGAUGUUGAAAAGAUAGAUUAAUAAAAGACAAUAAAAAUGAAAUACUUACAUUUUGAGUUACUUAAAAAAUAUGCAAAAUUUGCAAAAUAAGAGUAUUAGGAAGGCAAAGAAAUUUUAAAAAAAGAAUUUAUAUUAAGAAUGGGUCACUGA